AAUCAUCCCGGCCGUCCGUUCCAAGCUCCAGGCCCCCUCAUCAAUCCUCGACGCGUCUGUCCGUCCGUCAUCGCGCGCGCGCGGCACAGAAGUCAGAACCCCCAACCACGCCCGCCACCGCCGACCGCGCACCGCCCCGCCCCGCCAACCCCAGAUCUCCGCCCGCCGGCGACGACCAUGGCGACGGCCAAGGCCUCAGGCGAGGAGCCGGCCCUCGGCAUCCCUUACAACCCGGCGCAGGCCCAGGGCAGCUACUACUACCCGCCGGACCCCUACGCGGCGGGGAGGGUGCCGCCGAACGCGAUCUACGCCGGCGCGCCCAAGGGGGUGCCCCUGCAGCACACCAUGUUCCGCGACACGCCCGCCCCCUUCCACUGCCAGUCCUGCGGCGACGCCGCCGUCACCUCCGUCCGGUCAAAGCCGAGCGUCGCAUCAGUUGUGGCUUGCAUGAUGCCAUUCUUUCUGGGCGUGUGCUUCCUAUGCCCUUCAAUGGACUGCCUCUGGCACAAACAGCACUACUGCCCCAGCUGCGGAGAAAUGGUGGCUGAGUUCAAGAAGGACGAUCCGUGCAUUGUUGUCGACCCAACCAGCUGGACCGAGCCAAGCUUUGCCGUGCCUGCUUAGAGCACUCACAUGAACCGCCUGAUAUGAAUAUAUGAUAUAGUUUCCAACUGUGUGGUGUUCUUGUGUGAUCUGUACAUAAACGAAAUUGCUACUUUGUUACGAAUUAUAUAUCGUGUAGCAAGACUGUUGUAUCCACUCUAUGCUGGGUAAUGCUUUGUUCUCAUUGGAUUGCCGCA